AUAAGUCAUCCAUAUCUUAGUAAGGAUCAAUUUUUUAUUCAGCUAUAGGGAACGAUUGUUUUCUUACUAUUUUCUGUAAGUAUAAGGAAGUGUCCUUUAGAAAGAAUUUAAAUAUUUCUGUUAAAAAUUACUCUUUUCGUAUUCAUAUAUUCUUAUGAUUCUGAAAAGACUUUUAAAUGGGUAAAUAGAAAAAUACUUUACCUAUGUUCGUCAGGUUCUUUUUAUUCGUAGAGAAUAAACAGCCCAUACGCCCAUUACUAAUCUGGUCGUUCGACCUUUUAUUCAAAAAAUUGAUAUAAUUUUUACUGUUUAUAUUCAUAGAAAAUAGGGAAUAAAAACCGCAAUUAUGUUCUCGAAAAAGAAGCCGAGUAAAAUUCAUAUUGAGACUGUGAAGAUGUGCAAAAAUAAAUGUGGCUUCUAUGGAAAUGUUCAAUGGCAAGGAUACUGUUCAUCUUGUUGGAGGGAAUAUAAUAGGGAGAAUUUAAAGAAAACUAAUCAUAAGACUUUACCAAUUCCAAAGCAAAUUGUUGGUAUAGAUGAAAGUUCUGAUGUACCGAAAUCGUCUCCGAAAACUGAAAGAAAAAGACGAUUAAAGGAUGUCCUAAAGAGGAAAAUUGACGGGAAAGAUUCUCAAGAAGAUAGAGUAAAUCCUUACGCACAAUUAACCGAGAGUCUCGGUAAAUCGAAGAAGGAUGGUGCUCUAGAAAUUCUAAAGAAAACUAGGAACGUCGUUGAUAAAAUUAAAUCUGGAAUAACGGUUGAAAAUAGCUCAGAUAUAGUUCAGGAGUUGUAUAAUUCAGUGGCCGAAAAAUUAGAAACAGAGAAUGCGUUUAUUAAAUUAAAUAUGUCGGAGAGGCGUACAAUUUUAGAUAAAUUAGAAAAAUGCGUAUGUCAAUUGACCUAUAGUGAGGUAUUUAGUCCUCCAGAUGAUGAACAGGAAGAUCUGACUCUUCAGAAUAGAAUUAGAAGUUUACACUGGUUAAAUGCUCAAUUAUUAGACGCCGGAAUCGAUGAAACUAAACCGGCUGCAAGCGAGGCACUGGACUCUGCCAUUCACGCAAUUGUUGACUUGAAUUCUAAACAAACUCCCUCUGACAAGCUAGAAUGUAUAAUGCUGUGUUCACAACACAUAAUGACCGCUCUAAAAGCGUCGAGUGAUCAACCGGUCUCUGCUGAUAAUUUUUUACCAGCCUUAAUAUUUGUGGUUUUACGAGCAAACCCUCCUCUUCUAAAAUCGAAUGAAAGCUAUAUAAUGAGAUUCGCGAGUCCUGAGAGACUAGGAUCUGGUGAGCAGGCAUAUUAUUUUACGAAUCUAAGUGGAGCCUUACAGUUUAUCGCUCAGUUAGAUGCCGAUUCAUUAUCUAUGCCCUACGAAGAAUUUGAACGUUAUAUGAGAGGAGAAGCAAUACCUGGCGAUCCGGGCAAAGUUUACGGUUGCGAACAACUAAGAUUAAUGAAAUUGAAUUUUACUGUAUUAGAAGAAUUAUUAGUUGGCCAAAAAAGUUUGGCCAACGAAGUAGAGAUGCUUCAAACAGAUAUGAUAAAUUUUGAGCAAGAUUUCCGCAGGAAAUUGACAGAAGUUAUUGAAAAAACUCCAAUUUCAUUAAAGAAACCUAUUGCUCCCGACGCAGAAACUCCUACAGACGGUAGUAUGCUGCCAAGUCCCUUAAUACCACAGUCGACGGGAACAUUGGCAUCAAUACCAGUAACAACUUGUUUUACCGGAUCAACAUUUGAAAUUGAUAAUUCUGAUGAAACACCAUCUUUACUUUGA